UUUCUUCUUAACGUAGCACAGACAGCUUUUUAACAAUCCACCCACUGACGCGAACGUCUACAGCUUCUUAUACGAGGCUAAAACCACCAGCCCCAUCACAACACAGUUACCCACUUCUAACGAGGUAUUUUACGCGACAGCGGGAUUGUCACGAGAGGCGUGUUGUUUGGCCUGGAUCGCCACGGCUCAGGAUCGGACGAGUUACAAGUCUCCUUUGGAAAAAAAAAUAACAACAACAACAGCACGGGCCAUACAUUGGUGCACGCUGACACUAAGGGAUUCAGCAUCCUUGAGACUACAAAAUUUGUCAGACUUUGCCGUUACUCCGUUUAACACAGUGGAGGUGGAGGGGUGAAAAUCUGGACCUCCCAGCUACUCUCUUCCAAUGUCCCAGAGGCACUAUGACUGCUUUCGGGGCACCAAACUGCUGAGUGUGGGCUCAACUCCCCUCCCCAGCCCCUGAAACGGCCCUACUCCCUUUCACCCAGACAUGAAGGAGGUGAGGCUGUGGACAGCUAGUGACGUCUCUGAUUGGCUGACCGAUGAGGGCAUGCAGGAGUACACGGAUGCGUUGCGGAACGUAGACGGCCCUUCACUCUUGCGACUCUCUGAGGAAGACUUUAACGCCUCGCCUUUGUCCCUGGUUACCGGAGACAGUGGUCGACAACUUUUGGAGCGCAUAGAGACUUUGCGCUUCACCAGCCACAUGAAGGCACACAAGAGCAACAACAUUGAAAACAAUCACCACGCUAACGGUCACGUCAGCGGCGCCCUUGCCAACGGCAGUGUUAGCAACGGCAAGAUUCUCAACGGCGGUCCAAAGAACGGCUUGCGCUCUGAUGCAGUUCGCAUCUUGGUUCCACCGCUACCUGAGCAGGAGCGCACACCGUAUCCCACGGAGUGGUUCAAAACAGGCGUGGCCUUCCUGUACGCUCUGUGCUGCUUCCUCACAACAACAGUUGUGAUUUCAGUGGUGCAUGAGCGCGUCCCACCCAAGGAAGAGUCCCCGCCCCUCCCGGAUAAAUUCUUUGAUCUGUUUGAUCGUGUGGAGUGGGCGUUUUCCAUCUGUGAGAUCAAUGGCAUGCUGCUUGUGGGACUGUGGUUUACACAGUGGCUUCUGCUUAAACACAGAUCCAUAAUUGGCCGCCGGUUCUUUUUUAUUGUGGGAACUCUGUAUUUGUACAGAUGCGUGACCAUGUACGUUACAACAUUACCUGUGCCAGGCAUGCACUUCAAGUGCUCCCCCAAGCUCUUUGGUGACUGGGAGGCCCAGUCACGGCGGGUAAUGAAAAUGAUGGCAGGUGGUGGCCUGUCAAUCACUGGCUCUCACUCUUUGUGUGGAGAUUACCUGUACAGUGGACACACAGUGAUGCUGACAUUAACAUACCUCUUUAUCAAAGAGUAUUCUCCACGGAGGUUCUGGUGGUAUCACUGGCUCUGCUGGUGCCUGAGUGCUGUCGGUAUCUUCUGCAUCCUGUUGGCUCAUGAUCACUACACCAUCGACGUGGUGUUGGCCUACUUCAUGACCACACGUCUCUUCUGGUGGUACCAUACAAUGGCCAAUCAGCAGGCUCUAAAGGAAAAUUCCACUGGCAACCUGUUCUCUCGUGUGUGGUGGUUCGGCCCAUUCCAGUACUUUGAGAGUAACGUUCGCGGCAUUGUGCCUCGAAACUACCAGCUACCAUUCUUGUUGCGAAUAUUGACGAGCACCCGGGUUAAGUACAGUAAGCUGGACUCCCGUGAGUCGUGAUCCGUGACUCCUGAUUGGCUGGAGCUCUGUGAGACUCUAAAAGAGAUACUGCUCUUCCCAUCAAGCCCUGCAAAACUGGUUGAGCACUGUGACGCAUAUACACCGAUCAUUUUGUAUUAUUCGAAGCUUUUCAACAUCCCUAGCUGGUAUGUAUAUGUAGAGCAGAGCAUCUAACAACUGGAUUUGAUUUGCUGCUCUUUACGGUUUAAAAAUUACCAGGCCUCGGUGUCAUAGAGAACUGAGCCUUCCUGCUGUCUUCUCGAUGGACUUGGCCUCGCAGAAUAGUAAUUUAAGGUUCAUUUACCUGCCAAAACUGUAUUGAAUAAACUGGAACACUUAUAGAAACAGAUUUUCUUUUUAAAAAGCAUCUUUUUGUAAUAAUUUUAUUAAUUCUGGAGCAAGAAUUUUUUCUAAAUAUUUCGCAGGUUUAUUUUCCAAAAAGUGUCGUCCAAAUAGAAUAUCUUUUUUAGAUUUGUACCUUCCUGAUAGCUGAAACCCGUACAGCUUCAGUGUUUUAUAGUGCCUUUCUUCCACACACACAUAUACACAUGUAAUAUACUCAUACACACAUCCAUACAUCCACAAUAUACAUGCUUUAAACAUUUAUAUAAUGUGUUAACCCACAAUGUUGUCUGUCUGAAUGUUUGCUUGACCCGUAAUCAUUAAGAGGGGCAGUAUGUUUUUAUAGAAGCUAUGAAUGUGGGAGUUCAGUUCUGCCUUUUCGCAUUACAAUAAUCGUUCCAAUCAACCCUGAGCACACUUCCUAGUGUAUUAAUUGGAUAAUUGUAUUCAAUUAUUCAUUACUGAAGAUUUUCGUUUUCUUCUCAGUAUCAUCCAUUGAAAUGAAGUGUUUUGAUCAGGAUACAAGUUUUGUCACGACUAAAGGGCUGUUCAUACAGGACAUGUCUUUGCUUUCAAAAAAAAGGGAUGUGCAGUGAAAUGUAAUGCAGUCGUUUUAAAAGUUUAACUGUUUUUAACUUACAAAACGCGGAGGUUGUGGUCAAAAAUGUCUGUGUAGUGUGUGUUUACAUAGCAAGACAAUUGUUAAUCUCAUCUUAACCAUGAGAUUUUUUUAGUCUAUGACUAAAAAAAAAAAAUUUCACUGAGAAUCACUGCUAGGAUUUGGAAACCAUCCUAAUAUUAAGGAAAGUCAGAUUGUCUUCCUUGACAGAAAAGAUUCACUUAUACAAACUGAAUGUUUACAAUAUUACACAUGAAGCUAAUGAUGUAAGUGUGUGUAGAGGGGUUAUUUGUACAUUAAAUAGCAUAUAUUAUUGUUGUACACUGUACAACAUGACACACUCAUCUGUCAAAGUUAACUACCCCUAUCCUUUUUUUGUGGUUUUAAACUAUAAAAGUGGUUUGUUUGGUAACAGAAUGUAUUUGAGGGCUUCUCCUUUAAUGUGAAGUGAGUUCAAAAUGGGCUUCCUUUAGCUAAAGGGAGGAUCAUCAAGUCUCUCACUAAAAAGCCAGAAGUGUUGUAAAUGUUCUGGAGCAAGAACCAAAUAGAAACGGAAGGUACACCCAGGUGUUUGUGACAGGUAGACUGAAUGAUAGGUGAGACGGGCCAGCAAAAGGACUGAAUCAAGUCUCUGAAUGUACAAUAAGUGACAGUCCUCAGUUUAGAACUGGAGGGAAAUUCAGAAGCACUUUAAAAUGAUGCCCAGCCACACAGUUCUUCUCAAAACUGCACUUCAGUGACCUGCACGCUGAUAAACCUGCAGGAUGAAAACACUAUUUUAUUAUUCCCCCAAGUAACAGCCUGAUUGAUGAUGGUUUUAUGCUCUGUCUUUCAUAUGAAACUGACAGUGGGAUAAGACCUGUGAAUGUGCAACACGUACUAAUAUGUAGCCAAAGUGCAUGUACCAUUUAGUGUGGAUAUGGAUGGCUGCAGUAUGCCAUGGAGUUUUAUUGUUUAGUUUUUUUUCUUUCUUUUUUUUGAGACCAUAGAAAAGUCACUAAAACCAGUGUUGGGUCAUAAAAGAUUUUGUUAAGUUCUUAAUAAUUAAGUGUUUAUUUAAUUGGUGAAAUCCAAUUUGUUCAGCUGUUAAUUUGCUUUGUGUUACACUGCCAACUGAAUGACUUGAGAAGUGAACCAUGUGAUAUGAUGACUCUAAAUGCAUGUUGUUUUUUGUUGUUUUGUUUUCCUAUCAUUGUCAAUCAAAUCCAGCAUUGUCAAAUUACUUUACAUUGUUGUCUAAUGUAAACCAGGUUAUUUGUGCUAAACAAUCUCUUAAAAUGAGACAAGGAGUGGAGCAGAUAUUGAAUAAAACAUUUAAUAUUCUG